CGAAAAAUCGAUUUGUCGGUUCAGUCAGACACGAGCUGUAGAGGGAGGGUAUACGUACAGAAUCAUCGAGACCGAACCGGACCGGACAGAAAGCCGUGGACACGUAUCUGUCACAUAUGCUCAUAUUUAUCGACAUUCACAUAUAUCAAAGACAGUUUUUAACAUGCGUGUAAUAUGAAAAUGACAGACGUGUGCUCGCGCGCACCGGCCUGAAUUGCGCGCCGGGCCGAAUUAAACGCUCCUCAUCUUGAUUCAUCGGGGAUAUUAUUAUAAUAUUUACAUUAUUAUAAACAAAAGUUUAGAGAAAUCAGAUUUCGGAGAGAACGAGAGGAGGAGUGUGUUAUAUUAAACACAGAGAUGGAUCCGGACACAGCAGCGGACUUUACUGUGGAGAACGUGGAGAAGGCACUGCAUCAACUCUAUUAUGAUCCCAACAUUGAAAAUAAGAAUCUGGCUCAGAAAUGGCUCAUGCAAGCUCAAGUGUCUCCACAGGCCUGGCAGUUCUGUUGGGUUUUACUGAGACCAGAGAAGGUCCCAGAGAUCCAGUAUUUUGGUGCCAGCGCUCUCCACACAAAGAUCUCCCGAUACUGGAGCGACAUCCCUGCCGAACAAUACGACACGCUCAAAUCACAGCUGUUUUCACAGAUCGCCCGCUUCGCUUCUGGCUCUAAGAUCGUUCUGACCCGCCUAUGCGUGGCCCUGGCGUCCCUCGCCCUCAAUAUGAUGCCCGAGGCGUGGCCGGGGGCUGUGACGGAGAUGGUGCGGAUGUUCCAGGAAGAAGGGGGUGAGGUGGACGGCCGUGCCCGCUGUCUGGCACUGCUGGAGCUCCUCACUGUGCUUCCCGAGGAGUUCCAGACCAGCCGGCUGCCGCAGUAUCGUAAGGGACAGGUGAGGGGCGCUCUGGGAAGCGAGUGGACGGCUGUUUACCCUCUCCUUCAGCAACUAUUAAGGCAGGCGGACUCGCCAGCGUUGGUGAAGGCCCGUGUGCUCAAGUGUCUGUCGAGCUGGGUUCUUCUAGAUGUUCCCCUCAACGAGAGCGAGGGAUUGGUCGAGGCCAGUUUCACAGCGCUGGCAGAUCCUGAACUGUUCGACACGGCAGUGGAGGCCAUCGUGAAUGCCAUUUCACAGCCAGACUCACAAAGGUACGUGAACACAUUGCUGAAGUUAGUACCACAGGUCCUACAGCUCCAGGAACAGUUACGAGACGCUGUACAGAACGGAGACAUGGAGACGUCACAUGGCAUCUGUCGAAUCGCUGUCAGUCUGGGAGAAAACCAUUCGAGAGCGCUGUUAGAACAGGUGGAGCACUGGCAGAGUUUUCUGGCUCUGGUAAACAUGAUCAUGUUCUGUACGGGUAUACCCGGGCACUACCCCGUCAAUGAGACCACCAGCUCGCUCACACUCACCUUCUGGUACACACUACAGGAUGACAUCAUGUCAUUUGAGGCGGAGAAGCAGCAGGUGUAUCUGCAGGUCUAUAGGCCCGUGUACUUUCAGCUGGUAGAUGUUUUGCUUCAUAAAGCACAGUUCCCUACAGAUGAGGAAUAUGCAUCCUGGUCAUCAGAUGAGAAGGAGCAGUUCAGAAUUUACAGGGUGGACAUAUCCGACACACUGAUGUACGUCUAUGAGAUGCUGGGAGCUGAAUUACUCAGUAAUCUGUACGAAAAACUUGGGCGACUCCUGACCAACACAGAACAAACAACAUCAUGGCAGCACACAGAAGCGCUUUUAUACGGAUUCCAGUCAAUCGCAGAAACGAUAGAUGUAAACUAUUCAGAUGUCAUCCCAGGUCUCAUCGGCCUCAUCCCAAGAAUCAAUAUCAACAACGUCCAGCUGGCCGACACAGUCAUGUUCACAAUCGGUGCGCUGGCCGAGUGGUUGGCAGAUCAUCCUGUGAUGUUGAGCAGCGUCCUGCCGCUGGUCUUACAGGCGUUGGGGAAUCCGGAUCUCUCCGUCUCUAGCGUCUCCACGCUGAAGAAGAUCUGUAGAGAGUGUAAAUAUGACCUGCCCCCGUACGCCACCAAUAUAGUCGCUGUGUCUCAGGAGGUGCUUAUCAAACAGAUCCAUAAGACGAGUCAGUGUAUGUGGUUAAUGCAAGCUCUGGGGUUUCUGUUGUCUGCGUUGCCCGUUGAGGACAUUUUGAGGAACCUGCACUCUCUGAUCACCCCUUACAUCCAACAGCUGGAAAAACUCGCAGAAGAGACGCCAAAUCCUUCGAAUAAAUUGGCCAUUAUUCACAUCCUGGGUCUGCUGUCUAACCUCUUCACCACGCUGGACAUCUCCAAACAAGAGGAGGAGUCAGGAGAGAAUGCCCCGCCCAUCAAAUCAGCCCCACCUCAAGCCGGGCCCAACCCUGUGGUGGUGGUACUACAGCAGGUCUUUGCUUUGAUCCAGACGGUCCUUAGUAAAUGGCUGAAUGAUUCACAAGUCGUGGAGGCGGUUUGUGCCAUCUUUGAGAAGUCUGUGAAAACUCUCUUGCAUGAUUUUGCUCCCAUGGUGUCUCAGCUGAGUGAGAUGUUGGGACAGAUGUACAGUACCAUACCACAGGCCUCCGCCCUGGAUUUAACCCGCCAGAUGGUUCACAUAUUUGCCAGUCAAACAGAUCAUUUUGCCCCGAUCAAAGCGCUGUUUGAACUGGUCACCUCUGUGACUCUCACUAUAUUCCAGCAAGGCCCCAGGGAUCAUCCUGAUAUUGUUGAUUCAUUUAUGCAACUCCAAGCUCAGGCCCUCAAACGGAAGCCCGAUUUAUUCUUAUCAGAGAGUCUUGAUGUGAAAGCAGUAUUUCACUGCGGAGUGCUGUCGCUAAAGUUUCCUGAAGCUCCCACAGUCAAAUCCACCUGCCUUUUCUUUACGGAAUUACUACCACACUGUGCAGACGUUCCUCCAGUUGGUCGGGUCGUUCAGGAAGACGGUAAACUGCUCCUGUUAGCUGUACUGGAGGCUAUCGGUGGACAGUCGUCUCGCAGUCUCAUGGAUCAGUUCGCAGAGGUUCUCUUCUCUCUAAACAAACACUGCUUUGCUUUGUUGACGGUGUGGCUUAAAGAAGCUCUGAGAUCUCCGGGCUUUCCGUCCUCGCGCGUCUCGGAUGAGCAGAAAAACACCUUCAGCCAGCAAGUGCUCAGGGAGCGAGUGAACAAGCGUCGUGUGAAAGAUAUCGUGAAGGAGUUCACACUGGUGUGCCGCGGACUUCACGGGACCGAGUACGCCGCUGACUACUGAACCCAUCGCACCCACCGAUACAGACUCUGAGGAAACCCAGAACUACAACUCCCAGAAUCCCUUGCUGCAAUGCGUAAAUGACACGCUGUCAGAACUGUGAUGGAACGAAGCGCAUGCAGCUGCGGCCGGAUCGGGAUCUUCCUGUAACUCGUCCCCUCUCUCUCUCUCGCUCUACCCCCCCUCGCUCUCUCACUCGGAUGUUUUGGGGCGAUCUGAACACUGAACAUCUUUCCUGCAUCCCGCGGCAUGUUCGCUGUAUUUUAUUCUCCCAUGUUCUCGAUCUUCCAGGGCUCUCGGGCUGUUUUCCCUGUGAACGUUGGCAUUCGUUUGAACGAGGAAUCGUGUUGGUUCAAUAUUUUUUAUUUUGGACAUAAUGAAAUGAAAGCAUAUUUAUAUAUAUACACAUAUAAAUAUAAAUAUAUAUAUAUAUAUAAACACGUACAUUAGUAAUCUGUUGGGUGGUGGUGAGUCUGUGUGCUGCUAACAGAGAGAGGGACCAAUGCUUUAUAUCUGUCUAACCCCUCACGCUCCUCUGGAAAAAUAGUGAACAUUUUUUUAAAUUUGAUGAUUAUGAUUGUUUUUGAUAUAUAUACUGUAAAGUCAGCAGCAUAUUUUGGGUCUAGUAAAGAUGUUACACAACUAACAAAUGAGAGGGAGAGAGAAAGGCAACAUGAUGUCUCAGAAAACACUGGAACCCCCCCAAAAAUGUACAUGAUUUUGAUCUUCAUACAAUGGAUGUAAAUAAGGAUGAAGCGACCAUAAUCCAAUAUGAAUACAUUAAAAUGCUACAGAUUUAUUUACUGAAGUCAUUUGGAUCACAUGAAGGUAAAUUAUGACACAAAUCUUAUUUUUGAGUCAUCUGAUUUAACAUUUGAGUUCUGAUGCAAUUCCCCAUCGCAUCUUUUUAUGCCACAUGUAGCUCUGUGAUUGGUUGUGCAUGCAGACAUCUGUACAAAUACUUAAAAAACUUUGGAGUGCACAUAUCAAGGAAUGAUAUGCAUAUUGUAGUCCAGAAUGGUCUCUCUCUCUCUCUUUCUCUUCCGGCUGCUGCCUGCAGAUAUGUAGCAUGUGUGUUGUGUUACAUACGAGUCAAGAAUGUGUCAAUCAGUGGACGAGGGCCAUUCUGUCGUGUUUGUUUACUAGUGAGUCACAGACUGAGAACAAAGGGAGAGUCAAAUGUACAUUAGCUCUUUUCUUUUUUUGUACUUUGUUUUAAUUUAUUAAAUACAUCUAUGAUGGCA